UCGAUUAUUGCUGUUGAUUCCUAUGAGCCUUGUAUUACUACAACCACUACCACUACAAUGACAGCAACCUGCACUACUACACCUACUCCUAACCUUAGUUGCCCCAAAAAUCAUCAGAAAAGGAAUGGAAACAAGCACCAUCGCAAUAAGAAAGAAAUAAUUACUUGCACUCUUACAGAAACUACAUGCAUUACACCAGCACCUACUUGUGUGCCUUCUGGAGGUCCAUGUAUAGUUGAAAAUUUUACAUCAUGCUGUAUGGGUCCAUUGGGUGGUGAAGGAUGUCAGUUUACUCCACCGAACCCAAUAG